AUGGCUUCCCUCGCAGCUAUCCCUCAGCCCAUCGCCCUCUUCCCCCAAUUCAUCGCGCAAGCCCCCGAAACCCUCGUCCUUAAAGAACACGUCCUCUCCCUAUCCGGUGACAGCUUCAGCAUCAAACUCGCCAACGGCACGCCCAUCCUGCAAGUCGAGGGGAAAGUCAUGUCCAUUUCCGGGCGCAAGAAGGUGAGCGACAUGCAAGGGAACCACCUUUUCAGCAUCGUGAAAGAGCAUCUGCAUAUCCAUGCGACAUAUGUGGUUGAAAGUGCCAGUGGGCAGAAGUUAGUCGAGGUCAAGAGCGGGUUUAAACUGGUUGGGUCGAAAGCGACGGCGACGUUUACGAGUCAAUCGGGCAAACAAGAGGUCCUCACCAUGCGCGGGAAUUGGAUGGAUACAUCCGCUGAUAUCGUGGAUGAAGCUAUGGGCGGCGCGGUAGUCGCGCGCAUCGACCGCAAGAUCCUCAGCGGUAAAGAUCUAUUCUUCGGCCAGCAGACGUACGGCGUGCAAGUUGCGCCCGGGGUGGAUCUCGCGCUGAUUGCGGCGUUGUGCAUCUGUCUUGACGAGAAGAACAAUGAGAAGAAGUAGAAGAUCCCGCUGGUAGGAGUUGUGUUAGCGUUCAUGAAAAAGGAGCACGCGAAGAAAGGCAAGGAAAGCGAUCUUGUGAAGAGGAUGGGGAGUGUAGGUAUGGGCAAGAGGGCGACGACAACGUAAUUGCAACACGAUAUGAUACCUACAGCGACUCGAAUGAAGAAGAUUAUUUAUUCUAUC